AUGUCCGUCUCGGAACCAUAUCUCUCCAUGACAUCUUUUUCUAUGGCAAACCAGACUCUUGACUUCGGAAAAGCCUACACGUUCUCCACCCGCUCAGAUGACGAGCCUGUUGAUCCAAGCUUGGUGCAAUUGCUUUUAUCCGAGAUCAUAACUGGAAAGUACUUUGGUGUGGCACUGUUGACUAUUUUGGUCUACAACGCUCUCACGACAAUGGAUAAAGAGAUAAAACACUUCUGGUCUUCUCAGGUAGAAAGUAAACAUCACCAUUCAGAAGUGCAUGCUGACCUCGAAUUCGAAUACAUAUUACUUGCAGCUGUCAGGCAAUUGCAUGGACUGGCGACGUAUGCAACAUUCUUCAGAUCCGUGUAUUGGCGCUUUUCCAACGAAGCGCUUCUUGUUAUAGAAAUAGGCGUUGGUUUCGGUCUCCUUAUUCAUGACAAUCUAUUUGAAGAUAGGUGUCGAAGUGUGCGGGAUUAUCAGGGAUCCUCUGCAGUCGUUGUCAAUUAUCUCUUGCCCUCUUCCAAGCAGCAGAGUACUGGCAAAUAUCAGCCGGAUUCAAAGGCUUGCAUCUUCUCAGAGUCCUCAUUGAAGACCAGGUUAUAUAUUACGGCUUUUCAAAUUCGAAUAAUAAUUUCAAGUCCUUUCGUCGCAAACCUCUUAACCGCAGCUGGAAAUCCUACUCUGCUCUGUGUCCUCGGGAGUCACCUUUUGAUCAAUCUGAAGGAGGCAGGCGAAAUGGGAGUGAACGAAGGGACAAAUUAUAGGUCAAGGACUGUUAGUAACAUCAGUUUCGCCGAAGGCCCUAUCGCAAACGCGUCAAAUGAUGAAAGCUCGUCGGCAGUCUAG